AAAUUUUUUGUUUGCACCUUUUCUGUUGAUAGUGUAGUCUGGUUGAUGCUUUUAACUUUAUACAUAUGUGUAAAUGAGUAGCUUUUUGUUAGAUUUACAGUUUAAAAAUGAGGGAAAGCGUACGACUUUUGCGCAUAUUUUUGUGGAAGAAUUGGCGACAAAUUCGAUACUCUUGGAUAUCAUUAAUGCUGAUAUUUGUCGGUUGUUCAGGCAUUUUCAUUGUUUACUUAUUUUCUACAAAUAGGCUUCUGACAACGCCUCAAACGACUUAUGAGGGGAGAUUAUUUUACGAUAUUAGAACGGAAUUCCCCUCUAAUGACGUUGAUCGAAUUUUCUACGCCCCAAACAAUUUGCGCACAGAUAUAUUGAUGGAAGAAGUACGUCAAGAGCUACAGUAUCCACACACUGCUACUCAUUCGACCAGAAUUGAAUCACUGCUUUUUUCGGCACUCCCGCAGACACCACACAACUCCGUUAUUUUUCAAUAUUUUUGUAAAAAAAAAAUUCUUAAUAUAGGUCUCAGGUUCUUUGGUAACUCAAGUGAGAUGAUUCUUGAAAUGGAACGCAGCUGUAAAGGGAACUGUUAUGCUGUGAACUUCUUAAAUUAUCCGACUGAUGCAUCACGCGAGAAAUUAAAGUAUUCGAUAAGUUCAACAAGUAUAAGAAUAUCACCUAAGAAGCGUUAUGUUAAUGACGAAGAGGUAGCUGGAAUUAAAGAUGAUGAUGACUACAUACGAUCUGGUUUUAUGACCCUUCAACACACAAUUGAUAGAAUGUUUAUAACACUUGAAGACAGUCCCAAAGCAAUUAACUUCGACUUUGAAAUCGCUUCAAUGCCUACAAUUGCGCAAGAAACAAUUGAUUCACAGCGUAUUAUUUGGUUUGGUUCCUUAUAUUCAGUUAUUUUUAAUGUUUUACUGCUUAGUACGUUUCUUGUACCUCUGGUCGAAGAAAAACAAAAUGGUAUCAAGGAAUUUUUAACAAUUGCAACUCCCAUGAAUUUUUUGAAUGGUGUUAGCUUUUUCGUGAUCAGAUUAUUUAUGUAUGCAGUGUUUACCGUGGUGGUGCUAAUUGCUGGUGGGAUAUAUCAGGCUUUCAGUGAAAUUGUGCCUGUCGGAUAUAUAAUUGUACUAUUUGUGUUCUACAUACUUUCUGCUAUGUCUUACACGUAUCUGAUAUCAGUAUUUUUUCACUCAGUAUUUCAUGCCAAAGUUGGUGGACUUUUAAUGUUGGUUGCGCCAUAUAUUCUAUACUUCUCAAAAGGAGAAGUUUCAACAUUAGCAAACAUAUUUAGCACGAAAACAUUCAUGGAGGGAAUUAAAAAUUUUCAAAUCUUCACCAAUAAGUAUCGUGAAGUUGGCCCCAGUGUACUUAAUAUAAACAUAACAGAAUCUUCAUUUACAGUGAUAUCCGUUUAUUGCAUUUUUAUAGCCCAAUGCUUAAUAUAUGCAAUGCUAUAUAAUUACUUGGCAUAUGUAUUUCCUGGCCCAGGUAGUUUACAAAGGCCGUAUCUCCUUCCUAUCAUGUCAUUAUGGAGAAGAAAUAAACCAAGCACUGAGUAUACAACCAGCAAAAUUGGACCCGAUGCCAUUAUCAUUCAAGACCUUCAUAAAUCCUUUAAAAAACCUAUGCGAAUCAUUUCCGAUGGUCUUAAUAUAGCAAUUAAGAAUAAGCAAAUUACUGUACUCCUUGGACAUAAUGGAGUAGGUAAAACGACGACAUUGAAUAUGAUUAUGGGUUCCGAACUUCAAGAUUCGGGUAAAAUAACGGUAUGUGGAGAGCAUGAGGUUGGCUCAUAUCGUCAUUUAAUUGGAUAUUGCCCACAGAAGAGUGUUUUCAUGCCUUAUAUGACUUGCGCUGAACAUUUGAAUUUUUUCGCUCAGAUUAGAGGAAUGCCAAAGCAUGAUGCCGCCAUAAUUACAGAUGAAUUAUUAAUUAAGCUCAAUUUACAAGAUAAGGAAAAAGAAUUCGGAAACUGUCUAUCCGGUGGUAUGAAACGAAGGUUAUCCCUGGGAAUAGCGAUUGCGGGUAAUACAAAAGUCGUAAUUUUAGAUGAGCCGUCCUCCGGAUUAGAUAUUGAAUCACGCCGUGAAUUAUGGGACAUAUUGCUUAAAUUGAGGAAAUCAAAAGCCAUUUUGAUAACUACGCAUCACAUGGAAGAAGCGGAAGUGCUAGGUGACACUAUCGCCAUACUAGCUAAUGGUCGUGUUCACUGCUCUGGGUCACCUUUAGAACUGAAACGCAAAAUUGGUCAAGGAUAUGUACUAAAAUUGUGCAUAAGUAGAGAUCAAUUUAAGGAUGAGAUUCUACAAAUAAUUCAGCAACAAAUGCCUGCCUCAAAAAUUUUGACCGUAGUCCUGCCUGCACUGCACAUUAGCUUACCAUACGAAAACCAGAGUGAAUACAGUAAAGUAAUACAACAAUUAGAGCGUAGGCAGAGGGAGUUGGGUAUUAAUUCAAUUUCUAUCUCUGAUGCUUCGUUGGAGGAUGUUUUUCUAAAUUGUUUAUCUGAAAUUGACGUUGUGGAUGGUAUAGGAUCGGAUAAAGAAACCCCUGCGUACACACCGUUUGAGUCACAGAAAUCUCAAAUAAGUUGGAAAGAGCAAUCAGAAGCGGUGUUUUAUAAAAAAUUUAUAUUUAUAAAAAGUCAAUGGGGUAACACUUUGCUAAUGGUUUUACUUCCGAUGCUAAGUCUUGCAAUUGCAUUGGUAUUAAUGCAUUCCAUGUCCCUAGUCACUUAUGAAGACAAGUUGGUUUUAAAUCUGAAUUCCAUACAGCGCGGUAUUAUACUGGUCGACGGUUCCAAUACUGAAAUUUUAAAUAUAUUAAAAACAGAAAUUGAGAAAUAUGGUGACAUACGAGUCGAAAGUCUUGAAAAGAGGAAGGGAGAAAACAUUACAAAUUUUUUGCUAAAUCUCCAAUAUCAAAAUUUGGCAUAUUUUUUGGAAAACUAUAUCGGUGUUAUUGAUUUAACCACAGAAGGAAAUGGCAAUAUUAAUUUCAAUAUUUAUUUCUCUGGCAACAUAUACCACAGUUCUGUUAUUUUACUAAAUUUAGUUGAUGAUACAGUUGCUCGUUGGAAAAUGGGAGAAUCUGGCGGAAUUGAGACCACUUAUGUUCCCAUUAGAAGAUACAUUAGUGAUGUAAGUCCAACGCGAUUGGAAUACUUUGCAGUAAUAAUGCCAAUUGGAUUGUUUUUCAGCAUAUUUUUUUAUAUUGCCUUGCCUUUUCAUGAGCAUGCAAGUGAAUUCAAGCAGUUACAAGCCAUACCACGAACGAUUUUUUGGCUUGCAACAUUUGCUUUUGAUGCUGCGCAACAUUUCAUCGUUUGUAUACUUUUGUGCCUUCUGCAAUAUGUACUGAUGCCGAGCGAAUUGUAUAAUUUAUCCGAACAACUUAUUAUCAUUGCGUCCAUUUUUUUCUAUGGCUGCAGUUAUCUUCCAAUUAUAUAUAGUUUGGCAAACGCUUUCCGUUCGAUAUCAACAAUUUCAACUUAUAUGCUUUUUAUGCUCAUUGUGUCAGCAAUUGCACCUUUAAUAACAUCUGGCAACAUACGUGCAAUGGAGUAUAAUGAAGGGAAAAUAUUUAUAUUACUGCAAUUGCCGGACUUCAAUUUAAAUCACCAGUUGCGCAUUAUCAAUGAACGAUUUUUACUUACCCGGCGAAAUGAACUUAUUCCUACAAUAGGAUUACCGAAAGUACUGAGUGUUAAUUAUUUCUUUCUAGAAUCUACAAUGAUUGCAGUUAUCGUAAUGGUGAUCUUUGUAAGCGUUUUAGAGAACAAAUAUAAAUGUGAACAGAUUAAACGAGUGUUCAAAUGCUAUCAGUGCCGGCAGGUUACUGUGAAUAACACCGAAAAUGUUGAUAUUGAAGAGGAAUUAAUGACGAAUGAAAAAGCGGUAGUUACCGAUAUUAUGAAUGAGAAAAAUGAAAAAAACUAUCCACUGUUGGUUUAUGAUUUAUAUAAGUUCUUCAAUCACAAAGUCGCAGUACGUGGUUUAAAUUUUAUUGUAAAAAAGCAGGAAUGCUUUGGUUUACUUGGUGUCAACGGUGCAGGAAAAACGUCUACUUUCCAAAUGAUUGCUGCAAAUUUAACUAUUACUGGAGGCACAAUUAAAAUUGAUGGUAUUGAUAUCAUGGAAAAUGAGUCUGAAUAUCGAUACCGUUUUGGAUAUUGUCCACAAACCGACUGUCUAAAUGAAUUUAUGACUGCAUAUCAAACACUAUUCUAUAUGGCUAAGUUGCGUGGUAUUUCAGAUUCCGCCAAAGCAAAGUAUGAAGUUUUAUAUUGGCUAGAGCAACUAGAUCUUCAAAAAUAUAAAGACGUUAAAGUUUGUCGUUAUUCUGGUGGAACAAAGCGUAAAUUAAAUGCAGCUAUUGCAAUGGUCGGCAGCCCUUCGCUUGUUUUGUUAGAUGAACCAACAACAGGUGUGGAUCCAGAGUCUCGUAGAUUUUUGUGGAAAUGUAUAAAAGAUUAUCAAAGUCGUGGCAAUACUGUUGUACUUACAUCACACAGCAUGGAUGAAUGCGAACAGCUGUGCAAUAGACUGGCGAUAAUGGCUGGUGGAAACUUCAAAUGUUCAGGAUAUGUGCCAGACUUAAAGAAACGAUUCGGUGGUGGAUUUACAAUGAAAGUGAAGUUAAAAUCUGAGGAAACUCAUGUAGUUGAAGAUAUAACAACCGAGUUGUGUAAAAUAUUUUCUGAUAGUCAGUUGCGAGAGAAUCACGCUGGGAUUGUUACCUAUUUUAUAAAUAACGUUGAUGAUCUUAAAUGGUCCGAUAUUUUUAAAAAAACGGAAGCCUUCGCAAGUGGAAAUACAGACCUUGUGGUAGAUUAUUCCUUGAACGAGACCACACUUGAAGACAUAUUCCUAAAAUUUGAAAGCAAUAGAAUAAGGUGUAUACCUCAACUAAGCGUAUCAUAUGAGAUUACACCUUAAAGUUUUUAAACUAUCCCCUACAAGUAAAUCAAAAUUUAAGGGGUCAGUAGGGUAAUGAUUUUUUUUUUUUUUUUUACUUUUUCUGUUCCCUUAUACUCUUAGAAUUAAUGUAGAAACCCACUUUACCAUUGGAAGGUUUCGAAAAAUAAUAAUACCGCUCGACGUUCCGAGCGCUCAGAGUGCACACCUCAAACUUUAAAUGCAUUUUUUUCAAACACACACUUUUUUAAACAUAUAUGCUGCUAAGUCCCGUUAUUUAAAUUUUUUUGACGCGCGGUUUUUUGCAUUAUGUAGUCUAGUGUAUUGUGUAAGCUUACAGUGAAUUGUUCUAUGUAAGGGUUCAUUCAGUAGGCGUUUUUCGUAGAGUGAAAUUGUCAAAAUCGCGAAAAAAGGUGUAUACGCAAAAAGUAUUUAAAAAGAUUAAAAUAGCUGUUUUAUUGUAAAACCAAGGGUACAACAGAAAUAAAUAAAGGUAAGAUAGUUAUUAAAAGUAAAAAUAAGUCAUUGGAAAAGUGUUUAGUUUGUUUACAAUAAUUUUGUCAAAGUGCUGUUGCCUAUAGGAAACAUCCUGUAACUAACGAACCAAGACACUAAGGACUUUGAAAUUUGUAUCACUUCAUACUUGAGUUGAGACUAACAUAUACAUAUGUAUCUGUUCUAAAAAAUAUUUUAGCUCCGCCCUCUCAUUAAAAUGUUCACAAAACGCCUUUUUCAUGAUUCUAGUAGGGACGAUAACACAGUACAACAGCUAAUCGGGGGAGUGAGAAAUUCCAAGUCAGGGUGAUGGUACUAGGUCAGUAUAGUAAAACUCUCAAAGGGUUGGGCGUUCGUAUGUGUCAGUUGCUACAACCGUCUAAUGGAUUGGAAAAAUAGAUAAUAGUGGUUCGCGAGUUAUGUUAAACUACGUUUUUGCCAAAAUGUUACAACUAAGCGAAAAAACAUCAAGAUAAGGAAAAAAUUUAAAAGGUCAUAAAAAAAAAUUGACAUAUACGAACGCCAAAUCCUUUGAAGGUUUUACUAUACUGACCUAGUACCAUCACCCUGACUUGGAAUUUCUCACCCCCCAGACAAUAAUCGCAAAAAUGUUCCACAGUGUAACUAUUCACGUUCUUUUUAAGAAUAAAUUGGGUUUUUGUGUUUCAGAUGAUCCAAACAUGAGAAAUCUUGUCCGCCCUUGAAAAAACGUAUCUCAUUCACCCAGCCGUUUCUCCAACAGAUGUCAUAAAAAAAUUCCGAAAAAAUUUGUUUAUGCAUUCCACGAUAUACCUCAUGAUAUGUGAAAAAAGUUCUAUUGUAGAAUAAAAAUUGCUAUGAAAAAAAAAUGUAAAAAAAAAAACAGGCCAGAUUACCCUACUGACCCCUUAAUGGCGUGUUCAUUAUUAUUAUGCAUAUAUGUAUAUAGUAUCGAAGAAUUUGUUAUCAUAAUCAAAUUAGUUUUAAUCAAGAAACAUGCGUACAUAUAUGCACAUAUGACGAUUUACUUCAUGGUCUGCUCUGCACUUAACAUUAACGUUGAGACUUCACUAUUGGGGUGUCUAGAGGCAUUAAUGAUUUCAAACAUACAUACAAGACCAAAUAUAUUUGAUUUAAUCAUAUUCUCAUUCAUAUAUAUAACAUAUGUUUCGCCUUGAUGAGUUUUCAUAUUUUGUAUCAUGGACGAAGAUAUUAAGAUUAAGUGUGGUAUAUCUGUACUCUCAUAAAUUAAGACAUGUAUAUUUAUUGGCAUUUUAAAGAAUUCGUGAAAAUAAUAAAAGGCAACUCUUAUACAAUUUUGCAUAUGUA